UCACUCAACCUUUGUUAUCAUCGUCAUCGCCAUCACCAACCCCAACACAAAAUUAUAAUCACGAUUACAAUUCAUUGCCUGGAAAUCCAAAUCCAGAUCAAAUUAAAAUUAUUACAGCCACGACUAUUAAACACUAUGGAACAAAGUCGGCUAAACCUACGGGAAUCGCAAUUACACAUGCCGAAAAUGAGGCGGCAAAUAGGGUGAUAACAUUGGGUGUUACUCUCAGUUUUACUUUUUGA